CAAGCGCAGCCAGCUCUUCUGGUUAGAGUGUCCAUUUUGAUCACAUGUGAGUAUCUCCAGUCUGUUCUCCUUUUUUCACGGUGAGUCUAGCUAAUCGGCUUGUGAUCACUCGAACAAGUUUGUAAAACGUGCAUUGAAAAAUCCUGAGAAUAAAGAACAACAUUAUUCGUGGUCAGUUCAUAUCCGUGAUUUCUUAAACGUUCUCCGAUAGUCGGCAAUUUCGACGACGAACUACACGCAAUCCUUUUCGCGCCAUCUUCUUAAGGAAAGCGGUCAAAAAACCGAAGUAAACUCGUCUUCGAAGAAUAACAGAAACUAAGGAUGGCAGACAUAGAGGAUACUCACUUUGAGACCGGAGACUCCGGUGCUUCUGUAACAUACCCAAUGCAAUGUUCAGCUCUGCGUAAAAAUGGGUUUGUUAUGUUGAAAUCUCGACCAUGUAAAAUUGUAGAAAUGUCAACUUCCAAAACAGGAAAACAUGGUCAUGCCAAAGUACAUCUUGUAGGCAUUGACAUUUUUACUUCCAAAAAGUAUGAAGAUAUUUGUCCGUCUACGCACAAUAUGGAUGUGCCAUUCGUUAAGCGGGAAGAUUACCAGCUAGCAGACAUAUCUGAUGAUGGCUACUUAUGCCUGAUGGCUGAUAAUGGUGAGCUUCGUGAAGAUUUAAAAAUUCCUGAUGGUGAAUUGGGUGCUCAGUUACGUACUGAUCAUGAUGCUGGAAAAGAACUUCUUUGCACUGUGCUGAAGGCAUGUGGUGAGGAGGUCGUGAUCGCCAUUAAAACUAACACUGCCAUCGAUAAAUAAUUGUGUUCAGUCCAGACUCUACCAUCACAUUAAAGAAAAAAUAAAACACACACAGCUAAUAUAUUAUUAAGAGAAACCUAAGAUACAA